GAGAACAUUCGGCCGAGACAGUCGUUCGUGUACACAAGUAUGGAAAUUUCGUCGAGUGCCGAUAGACGCUCCGGACAGAAUGUGCGUUACGGAUCGCGAGGAUGGUUAGCGAAAGUGCGAGAAAAUUAAGCAUGACCGUCGUGGACGAAGACACGAAGGAUUCUAUGACGGAUCACGCGAAAACAUUGUCGGUGUACGGUGGAUAAAGUGGCGUUCAUAGGGGUGUGUAUGUGUAGUGCGUAGGACUUAGCGAGCAAAAAGGACCCUCGAAAUCGUUACCGCUCGGACUCGUCGCGACGCCUGUGGAAAGUGUCGCCGAAGAAGAUCCAUUAACUUCUUCCGCAUUCGGUGCUCGACGAAAUCCCCUCAAUUUCCUUCGUUAGCAACCCGAGUGAGUGUCCGGUGGUCCAAGUUGGACGAAACUUUUUCUCCCGCUCCUCUCCGUACGAUAUACGCGAUGCCACGUUCGCGAUCCAUUAAAGUUCAUUAAGCGUCUACUCGUGGCACUGUCGGAAGUUGGAAGGAGAGUUUCUGCCAGUCGGUCCGCGAGGAAAAAUCGUUCACUGCGUCCGUAUCGAAACAUAUCCGUCGAUCUGUCAUAUCUAUAGUUGUCCAGAGGCGACGAGCAUCCGUCGUUGACACGUAUGUACCAAGCAGCCGGAAAAAUAUCACGCCGGAGGAUUCUGAGCCGAGCUUUACGAUCGGGAUGGGUCGAUAGCGAAUUCGUGAUACCUAUCGUUUAGCUGGUGGUCCGCGUCGUGUACCAGAGAGAUAUCGCGUUCGACUAAACGCGAGAGCCUAAGGAAAUCGAAAGAGGAAAUCGAAAGAGGUCUGCCUCGUUGCCAUCGUGCAAUCGCAACGUUAACGAGGAAGGAUUUUGAGGGGGAUCGGUGGAAACGUGUGUUCCGUAAGUGAAAGGACCAGGUCGGAGCGGGUCGUUUUAUUUUCGUCCUUGGAAAGUGAAGUGUCGUAGAAACGAGAGGGCAGGAUUACAAAAGAAGAGGGACAACGCGUGUUAAUUAAAGAGCAGGAGAAACCGGAGAGAAACGAACAGCCAACCUGACAGUGGCGGCGCGUAGGAGAGGACAAAGCCGCGUAAGGAGCUCGGCCGGUGGACAGCUCUGGCAUUCUCUGUAACUCGCCUCACUAACUCGCCCACUCGUCGUGCCGCACGAUCGUUGAUCGAGCCGACCGAAAUGACUCGUAACCGGCCGAUGUAACCUAGAACGGAGAGAUAUAGCGAACGAGCGAGCGGUCGUCGCGGUCGUUCGUCGCGCGGUGGUCGCUCGUGAUCGAACCAUGCGAAUUCUUGAAAAUGCGCAGGACGAGCAGCAACGGUUUGAAGCUCGACUUGACGGAGAACACGCCAGGUAGCUCGUUGUCGAGGCUGCCUAACUUAGUCGAGCAUGCGGAGACCUGCCAGGCGUUGUCCACCGGAACCGGCGAGAAUUUAAGCAGCAAACUGCCAAACGUGGUGGAAGGCUCGAUGGACUAUGGUAGCGAGCGUAGAUCCUCCCGGUACCUCGAGUACCAAGACUCGAAACCGUAUCAGGACGGGCAGUCGACGUCCGGGCUGCCGCCGUACGAUCAGGCCGGCUACCAUCACGAUCAGCCAGGGGCCAGAGGCUACAGGGGCUACGAGCGGAAACCGUACGACAGGGAGGAUAUUGACCGAUACGAUAACAGAAUUUAUCCGGAGGAUAACUUGAGGUACGAUCGCCGGGGGGAUCAAAGAACGUAUCAGGAGUCGGACUUGGACGCGCCGUACGAGAGGAGCGAUGCCCAGAAGCUCAGCAGGACUUACCCGGCGGAACUUCAGGAGGCGGGCAGCAGGCGAUACUCGAGAGAUCUGACCGAUUACGAGUACGCGUCCAGAUACGCGGAGGAAACGUUGAAGCUCGAGCCGAAGAAAGAUCAUCACCAUCAUCAUCAUUCAGGCAAGGUGUACGAACCAACGGCGUCGAAGGGCUACGAGUCCGGGGUGAAGACGCACGAUUCCGCGUACGAGUUGUCCUGCGCCGCGCAGCAGGACCUCGCCGGCCGAAAGUACGAGAGCAAGUACCACUCUGUCAGCAAGAUGUACGGUACGUUGCCGAGGUACGAGACCGGCAAAUCGUACGAGCCUAGGUCGUACGAUUACGAGGAACAGGCCUACGAGACCGGCGGCAAGCCGUACGACUCCAAGUACGAGCUGACCAGCUCGAAGAGUUACGAGAGGGCCAAGUACGACGGUUCCUCGUCCUCGAGGUAUCAGGACAAAUCGUACGAUCAGACGUUGAAGAUCGGCGAGCUGGGCUCCUCAUCCGCCUCCGCCGCCUACGCCCGCAAGACUCAGGAUCAAGAGGAGACCAACGCGGAGAAGAUGAACGGUUACCGGAAGAACAAUUUCGAGGCGUACGGCGUCUACUCGGAUCCCGAGGACGAUCACGGAUUCCUCGCGGAGAAAAAGACGCCGCAGUAUCCGUACAAGGGCGUGGUGGUGAACGUUAGCGGGGAGUCGAGUGUCAUCGACCAGAAACGAGCCAAGGACGGCAGGCAGACCGAAGUGGUUGGGAAUCCUUGGUGCAGGCCUACGAUACUGUUACUCCUCUUGGUCCUUCUUGUUGUUAUCUUCGUGUUCGUCGCUGGAAUCCUCCUCUAUCUCAACUACAUGUCCUAUAAGCCGCAGCGUCCCAUUAUCGAGGGUAAGGAUCUAAAUUUCGCCAGUAAUAACGCCGAACCGUGCGAGAAAACAUACUGUUCCUGGGGCGCGACGUGCGUCGUGUCGGAGAACGGGAAACCUUUGUGCCAGUGUCCAACAGAUUGUCCUUCGACUUCUGAACCUGUCUGCGGCACCGACAACAUGACCUACACCAGCCAUUGCCAUCUACGGAAAACCAGCUGCCUCGAGAGAAAAACUACACGAGUGAAGACUCUGGGCGUUUGUGAAAUCCCGGACCCGUGCGCGAAGCAGAAUUGCACCCAGGGCGCGCAAUGUGUGCGAAGCAGAGACGGCAAGGAAGCCACCUGCGAGUGCCUGGAAUCCUGUCCGAAUUUAGGGGAUCACGAGGGAUCGAGCCCUGUCUGCGGCACAGAUGGGACCGACUAUCCGUCUCUCUGCGAGCUGAACAGGGCAGCCUGUGCGAAGGGUGCUAAUAUCACCGUGGCAUUUCAAGGGAAAUGCGAUCCGUGCGGCAACGUGGAGUGCGUAGAGCCGGAAAUCUGUCAGCUGGACGACUCGAGGCAACCUGGCUGCCGUUGCGGUGAGCAGUGCGGCCUUGAGUUCGCACCAGUUUGCGGAAGCGAUGGUAAAACAUACUCGAACGAAUGCAGCCUCAGGCAGGAAGCCUGCAGAUCGAGAUUAUCGCUGAGGAAGGUCUACAAUGGCGCAUGCAGCUCGGGGAUCAAUCCGUGCGACGAGGCGAAGUGCGGCCCGUACGAACAGUGCGUGAUCAACCGACAAGGGAUCGCGAGCUGCGAGUGCGGCCCGGAAUGCGAGCCGGUGAUGAGGCCGGUAUGCGCGCGAGGCGGCAAAACGUACACGUCGUUGUGCGAGCUGAAGAGACAGGCCUGUUUAACGAAGACCAACAUCGAGGUCGCCUACACGGGGACCUGUGGCUCCAGGGGGCCCUGCUCCGAGAAGAUCUGUCAGUGGGGCGCGAUUUGCGCUGAAACCGGUGGCACAGCGAUUUGCGAAUGUCCAACCUGUCCGGCGGAAUUUCAACCGGUUUGCGGCGACGAUGGCAUCAGCUACGGAAACGAGUGUAAGCUUCGCCUGGAGGGCUGUAAACAUCGACGAGAGAUCCGCGUGCUUUACCAGGGACUUUGCAACGGAUGCGAGAAUAAGAAGUGCGACUUUUACGCGGAGUGCGAGAGCGACAGCGCCGGCGAGGCCAAGUGCGUCUGUCCCAUCAAGUGCGAGACCACGGCAAAAGAACCUGAGCAGGAGAAAGUUUGCGGCUCAAACGGCGUGACAUAUCCCAACGAAUGCUCUUUGAAGGCUGCCUCCUGCACUUCUCAAACUCAAAUCACCGUUAGUUACAUAGGUGACUGUGAGCUUUGCGCGAGAAUAGACUGCGAUCAUGGGGCUCAUUGCAUGGCUGGCGUCUGCGUGUGUCCGGACGAGUGUCCUGAGAGCACUGGGGAACCGGUGUGCGGCAGCGAUACCAAGACGUACCCAUCGGAGUGCGAAUUGCAGAAGGCAGCUUGCGGAAGGGAUCCUAAAUUGCCGGUCUUGCACGUGAUAUUCUAUGGCGAUUGCGGUGAACGAUACGCUGUUGCAGCACUCACCACGAUGUCGACGCCUGCGGUGGUUCGAUUGGCCACCACCGCGGUUGACGUGACCAGCACCCAGGUACGCGAGGCUUGCAAGAACAUUAACUGCGACUUCGAGGCGACCUGCGAGCUAGGGCCGGACGACUAUCCGAGGUGUAGCUGCAAGUUCGACUGCGCCUCCAUUUCUCAGGAAAAUAUGCGGCCGGUUUGCGGCAGCGAUCUGAGAACCUAUUCGUCCCUCUGCGCAAUGAAAAUGGAGGCCUGCCAGAGGCAGCAAGAGCUAAGACCUAGGCCCCUCGAGCUUUGCCAAGGUAUGGAAGUGAAACCGUGCAACGGUGAUCCUCCGUUGGUGGAUGCCGACGGCAAGGAAUACGACUGUGGCAACGGGCCAGAACGACGAGACUGCCCGAGCAACAGCUAUUGCCAUCAGACGACGCGAUUGGCUCGAUGCUGCAGGAAAGCGCAAGGGACGCAAGUGGUGAAGUGUUCGGACUCGUGGCACGGCUGCUGCCCGGACGGCAAAACGGCGGCACGCGGACCUAAUGGCGCAGGUUGCCCGAGUUUGUGCAACUGCAACAGGUUAGGCAGUGUUUCUGACACCUGCAACCCGGAGACCGGACAAUGCGAGUGCAAACCUGGCGUGGGUGGUCUGAAAUGCGACAGAUGCAUGCCUGGCUACUGGGGCUUGCCGAAAAUCAGCGAGGGACAUCCAGGAUGCAUACCGUGCGGCUGCUCGCUCUUCGGCUCCGUCAGAGAGGACUGCGAACAGAUGACUGGUCGCUGCGUCUGCAAGAACAACAUCCGCGGCCAGAAAUGUGUGAUUUGCACCGAUCACAACCAGAUAUUGACACCGAGCGGGUGUUACUCAGCCGACACCAUACCGCCGAUACCGACGUCUUGCAACGAGCUGGAAUGCUAUUCCGGCGGCCAGUGUUCGGAGAUCGGUGGUCCGCACUGUGUUUGUCCGUCGUCCUGUCCAUCGGACAUACCGUCCGUGCCGGUUUGCGGUAGCGACGGACAGACGUACGACAACGAGUGCGAGCUCAGGCUGUACGCUUGUCGUCAUCAGGCGGACGUGGUCACGCAGGCCUUCGGCCACUGCAGAGACGAUCCAAUGGUGAACACGGACUUCCCCGUUAAAAGGUACACGGCGGUGCAGUACACGCAGCCAGCGGCCGCCAUUUCCCCGUUAUCGAAAUCCACGAGGCAUCUGUUGGUGCCGGAACCGGAUCCACGCUACUAUUACACCCACAGGGCGCAUCAAGAAACCAUCACGAUCGACAGGGACAAUUUAAAGCACGGUGUGGCGGCGGCGUACAGGCCAACCCCGGCGACGAUUCGCGUGGUCACCGCGUUGCUCGGCGACCUCUGCACCGACGACAAGGAUUGCACCAUUCCCAACAGCGAGUGCUCGAACGGCGGCUGCAUUUGCUCGGAAGGAUACGCGGAAACCAGCGACAGGCAGGAAUGUUUCGCUAAUUACGUGCCUGUUACGCCGACCGAAGAAUUCCGUGCUUGCCUGUCGUAUCCGUGUCACCCGACGUCGACGUGCCUCGAUCUGCCGAGUGCGACGUUCGCUUGCAUCUGUCAUUCAAAUUACACCGGUCUAUUAUGCGACGAGGAGAUCAACAAAAGGGAUUACGAGGUGCCGUCGUUCGACGGCAAAAGCUACGUCAGGAUGAACAGAUUGAAGGCUUACCACAAGUUCAGCGUCGAGGUUGAGUUCAAGACGUACGCUGACAACGGGAUUAUACUUUACAACCAACAGAAGAGCGAUGGCACCGGGGAUUUCGUCUCGUUAGCCAUCGUCGACGGACACGUGCAAUUUCGAUACAAUUUAGGAAAUGGUCCUGUCAUCCUGUCCUCCCCUGAAAGAGUUACCAUGAAAACAUUUCAUCGAGUCGCGGCGAAGAGAUACCACAAAGACGGCGUUCUGAUUUUCAACGACGGGGAGGACGUCGCCGGUCAAAGUCAAGGGAUGUUGAAAUCGCUCGAUCUCAACCAAGACACGUUCGUCGGAAAUAUGCCAACGAAUUACUCCAAGGUUUACGACAAUAUCGGCACCAACCACGGUUUCCUGGGUUGCAUACGAAAACUAAAGAUCAAUCGGAACUUCGUCGAUCUCCACGUGGGCCGCAACAAGGAGAUCUUGGAGACUUACCGAGUGAAAGAGUGUGGGGAGAACGCGUGCGCGAAUCUGCCUUGUCAAAACGGUGCAACGUGUCAGCCGAUCUUCGAGGAGGAUCGGUGCAACGGCCGCGAGUGCAGAAGAAUGCAGAAACGGGGAAAGGGCAAGAACGGGGUGAACAUCGUGAGAUGCGAGGGGACCCAUUGCACCUCGAUCGAUCAACGCAGGUCGAAGAAAAACGCGAAGAAACGUUACGACGUCGAUUACGAGGGCAGUUUCGAGCAUGGUAACUACGCGGUGGAGCAAUUCGAACCGCCUGAUUACAGAUGCAUCUGUCCACCGCAGUUCACCGGUAGAAACUGCGAGGAGUCCUUGGAUCCUUGUAUAGGCGAACCUUGCCAGCACGGUGCCACCUGUGACAUCCUGCCGCAAGGUGGUUACGUGUGCAAGUGUCCACCCGGCAGAACUGGAGAACAUUGCGAGAACCUCGACGCUGAAUUAACGGAACUACUGAUACCAGAAAUGUCUGGCGACGGGUUUCUGGAACUGCCGUGCUUGGAGGGUGUAGCGAAAGCGUUCUCCAUCGAGUUAUGGUUCCUCACGCACGCCAGCGACGGUUUGCUACUUUACAAUGGCCAAUUGAACAACGGACGCGGUGAUUUCAUUAGUCUGAAUUUAGUCCAAGGCAAACUGGAGUUUAGAUUCAAUCUUGGAAGUGGUAUCGCCAAUAUUACUUCCCCGGACCCGGUUACUCUCGAUACGUGGCAUUGUGUCCGCAUCAGCAGGCUUGGCAGAGAAGGCGUUCUCCAAUUGGACGACGGAACAGUUGCCAGAGGACUAUCCGGAAGUCCAUUAACCGAGCUCAAUCUGGAAAUGCCUCUUUACGUCGGCGGUGUUAAACACUGGCGAGAGGUUCAUCGACUUGCCGGAGCUUGGACUGGAUUGGUAGGUGCGGUGCAGAGGUUAAUGGUAAAUGGGAAAACUUACCAGAACCUAGCCGUCAACGUUACUCAACACAACACGGAAAUCUACGAUGGUUUACCGUGUCCCAGCAACGAGAAUCCAUGUCACAAUGGCGGAGUUUGUCUGCCUCUGUUAAACAGCUAUCUAUGCAAAUGUGCUACCGGUUACAAUGGCCUUCAUUGCGAAUUUUUCAUGGGCUACGACGUAUCCACGGAAUUGUCGGAAAGACCAGUGCGCUUCAAGGGCGAUAAUUUCUUGCAGUUUAGGCACCGGAAUGGAAGAAGUACUAACUCGACUAAUACUACCCUCGGCGAGUACUUUGAGGAGUCCUACUCCGACUACGACUUGGAGGAGGAUGUCGACUACGAUUACGACAGUUACGAUUACACGGAGCGGAAAGGUCAACAGUCGAAUAAGUUCGAGCUGAGAUUGAGAACGACGCAUCCGGAUGGUUUGAUCGCCUGGGUCGGAAGAGGGAAGAUCGAACACCUCAUCUUGUCGUUACACGGCGGCCAAGUUUUUCUUACGUACAAAACCAAGAGCGAGCAGAUAUCUCUGAAUAGCAGGGAGCGAGUGGACGACGGCGUGUUCCAUUAUAUCAGAGCAUCGAGAAGGCGGAGGGCGUCGAUGAUACAGAUCGACGACUUCGCCCCGGUGAAAGUGUCGACAGAGAGCAGCCUUUUAACGACGAACGGCAAGCUGUUCGUCGGCGGGAAACCAGGCCAUCGGGGCAUCAAGGGCUGCGUGUCGGACUUCGUGGUGGACAAACGGCGUCUUCAGUUGAACAGGCGGAAGAUCGAGUACUGUCACGACAACGAUGUAUGAUAACGAAUCCCGGAAACGACGAUUGUCAACGUGACGUCGCCACUGGCCACGCUCGUCGAUUGGACGACGCUUCUGUCCUCGACGAGUUAGCACCAGCCUAAAAACCGACGAAGAUGAACGCGAAAGGAAAUCGUUCGGUGGUGUUCGUUUCUGGGGGAAAUGGGAGGGAACGGGAACACACGGGGUGGCCUGUGGACGCGAUUCGUGAGGAGAAACGAGGCGAAAUGGAAACGAGAUGGCGGAAGGAAACUGAGCUCGAGCUCGAUGAGGAGACACGUGAUUCCUGCCAAAGCUGUGCGAGAGAAUUGACGAGGAAUGGUUCGCAAAGGAUCGUUCCGAAGGAAGGAUAAAUCGCAGAUGCGAUAACAUCGGCAAAGCUAACUUGUACAUUCAUUUUUCGUUCGGGAUGUAUAGUAUAGUAGAGAAACAGAGGGCCGCGGCGCGAACGACGAUAAGAGAGGAGUAUCUCGCGUUGAAUGUUGAACGUUCUCACAUCUAAGGACAAUAAUAUAUUUUUAAGGUGACGAGAUUAAGAUAUACAUAUGAAUACAUACAUGUAUGUAUAAAAUUUAUCGCGUAUACGUAUAAACUUGGGGGAGGGGUAGAGGGUUGCUUGUAAAGCAAUCUGGGGUUGAAGCUGAGAACAGGAACAGCGGGUCAAGGGGGGUUUCCGGAGUCAAAACAAGGAUAGAAAGCGGGCGUGAAAGCGGGAUGAAACUCAUCGAUAUUCGUUUAGACGUUACUCUGUAAGUUAAAUAUAUCGAAGCACCUAUAAAUGUUUUACGAUGCCAAGACUGAUUAAUGCGGGGGGGAAAAAAUAGAGAGAAGGAGAAUCGGGUGAGUUAAGAUAAAUAAGUAAGGCAAAAAAAAAAAAAAAAAUAGUUAAAAGAGAAAAAAAAACCCAGAAAAAACAAAGCGAUAAAUCGGUGUUAUGUUUGAGUGUUCGGUAGAGAGAUUUUAAAUGAUUGUGCAUUAUCAGAAUAUAGAAGAAUGUAUUUUAAAGGACUUGUUGAUUUACGCCAGUAGAGAAAAACGAUAAAAGAGAAAAAAAAAGAAAAAGAACAUAAAGAUGAACGAAUAAAAUAAUAUACAUACAAUAUAUACAUGUACACACACGGAACACACGCAUAAAUAAGAAUUAUAAGAACAGAUACGCCGUACAACGUUGUUUCUAGGCAAGCAAGGCUUUUUACAAAUGCGCAAAGGAAUAGAUAUAUAUAUAUUAUAUUAUUAUGAUUAUAUUAUAUAUAUAAAUAUAUAUAAAUAUAUAUUAUAUAUAUGAUACUAUAUACAGAUUACAUUCCAUACAAUGCGACACUCACGCGAUGAAAAUUUUACGUAGGUACCGUGGUGAAUGUGUAUCGUCGAUCGGUAUCACGAUCAUCGAUGUAUCAUUUACAUUUCAAUCCGGUACUAAAGAGAAAGAAACAAACAAAAAUGAAAAAAAAAAAAGGAAAAAAGAAAUGCAUCGAGCUUGCCUCGAAGACACUCCAUUUCCGUUCGACAAUCCGCAACACACUUGCACCGAAAUAGUUUCGCUAUCCGAUUCUAAAAUGCUUACGAGCGUGACCACAGGUUUCUUCUUCAUAUACAGGGUUCAUGGGAAACGCGCGCGCGGUCUACUGCGUUCGAUUCAAUUGUAAAUGGACUAGAAUCGAGGAGAGUAGAAGAAUCGAUGCUGCGUAUGCAUUGAACAGCCGAGAACGAAGUCUCGAAUCGUUUCCAUCGUGUGAGCAGUUUCUUCGACCAUUCGAAAGGGAAAUUCGAUGGGAAAUCUAUCCAAAGACGAAUGUAUCCUCGUGAUUCUCAAUUCCGAUUGAUUCUGCCGACUACGGGAAACGAUUCGAGACUUCGCUCAUGGGACGAAGGGAAAAGAAUAAUAAUAAUAAUGAUGAUACUGAUAAUUACAAUGAUAAUGAUAAUAUUAAUAAUAAUAAUAAUAAUAAUAAUUAUAUGAUAAUGUACCGCUUGUGUGUAAUCGAGUGAGAAGGAGUGUCUGAAUGACGUAUGGUUGAGGAAAUAGAAGUGGAUACCGUGCCGGGAUAUACUACUUGUAAAUACAAUUAACACGUGCUGAUCUACGAGUUGAUUAUCUAUCGUUUUACUAUCAUUGUACUAAAGCUCGCGUGAUCGCGCGCCACCGUGCGUAAGUCGGACCUAAAAACGGAAAUCGUCGGAACGACCUAAUUACAAAUCGCAAUGAUUCAUCGAAGCAAGCCUUUCUCGACGAAUUGUUUCAUUUCUAUUUUUUCAAUUUCUUUCCCUCCGUCGCUCGUGAACCAAAAAAAAAAAAAAAAAAAAAUGAAAAAACCAGAAAAAGAACAAAUACCUGCGUCAACGUGUUCUUCCCCCCGCUCGUUAAAUCCGCGUUAAUUAUCGCGACGAAACGUCGAACAGAGCCUAAAUUCGAAUAGUUAAUGGCGACUGCUGAUCCUCGGUCGCAGAAAGAGACGCUAUCGAAGACUUUUCACGCGUGUGCUCGCCUCGUCGAAUAUUUCCAGCGUCAGCUGGACGUGUUCUGAUCGUUUCAUUUGAUUUUCAACGAAAACGGAACAAACUUAAUCAUCACUUGAGCGUCGAGAAACGAAGGGACGUCGUAAUUUUGAAGCUUGUUUCUAUUUCCAAUGCAUCGAUUACGUAAGUAGUUUCCAGAUACAUAUCUUUGACGUGCAUAAGUUACAACAGAUAUAUUACAGAUAUAUUACAUUUGCCGGGCAAUUAUUGUUGUUAUCGGCGUGUAAAUAGCGGCCACGUCCAUCUGGAAAUAAUCGACGUUGAGCACACGUUGUAAUUAACGUGAUUCUACAAAGAAAACGAGCGUCCAUCGACCAAACAUUUUGCUCAGUUGUUUGAAAGAAUCGCGUUAACGACAUUCUCGAUACCGCCGCUCGGCGAUUUUUUUCUUCUUUUUUUUAAACGUAUCUUUUCUCAGCAUUGCGUUCGUUCGGAAGGUACACGCUUAUAUACAGUUUUUAUAACGAAACCGCUUUUUCCCCCCCAUCCUCGUGGACUAAUUAAUAACGUUUGAAAGCAAUCAUAUCUUUUUCAUAUCUGUCGAUCUAAUGCGAUCGGUGGGCGAGGAAAUUGUGUGCAAGAAGGGCAGCUGCCCGUUUUCACGAACAAUCGAAAGCCUUCGACUAUUAACGAAAAUUGUUCCUCGUCAGCGAGAAUUCGAAUUGAUCGCGAGCAAUAUAACGUCACAUAUCCUUCCUCUUGAAAUGUGAUUCUUUGUAUUCUUCCAAUGAAUAUCGCUGUUAUAACAUAUCGAAACGAAUAAUUGUGGCCAGUAAUGUAAUUUUUCUCCCGAGAGACGAAGAAAGGAAGAAUGUUUCAUUGUAACGAGAGUUAAGAAAGAAAAAGAGAAAUGAAGG